AUUAUCCUUUUCAGCAAGCAAAGUCUCUACAAAGACACCAAGCUCUGGUGUUGAUGUGCCGCGUGUACGUGGGGAGCAUCAGCUUUGAGCUAAAGGAAGACACUAUACGUCAGGCCUUUGUUCCCUUUGGUCCAAUCAAAUCAAUAAACAUGUCGUGGGACCCAGUGACACAGAAGCACAAGGGAUUUGCCUUUGUUGAGUACGAGAUGCCAGAGGCUGCACAGCUCGCCUUGGAACAGAUGAACGGGGUGAUGAUUGGAGGCCGCAACAUAAAAGUCGGACGCCCAUCAAACAUGCCUCAGAAUUGGUCGGCAGCACAGGGCCAUAGUGCCUGUGAUGUUGCACAACCGAGACAGCUAAUGACAAGGACAACUGAUGGUGCAAGUAUUAUGGCCCAGACGGUGAUAGAUGAAAUCACAGAGGAGGCAAAUUAUUACAACAGAAUCUACAUUGCUUCUGUCCAUCAAGACCUCUCUGAGACUGACAUCAAGAGUGUCUUUGAAGCCUUUGGCAAAAUUAAGCAAUGUAUGUUAACGCCAGGAACCACACCGGGCAAACACAAGGGCUAUGGCUUUAUUGAAUAUGAAAAUUCACAAUCUGCACAGGAAGCCAUAGCUUCCAUGAACUUAUUUGACUUGGGUGGACAGUAUUUGCGUGUUGGGAAAGCAAUUACUCCUCCAGGAUCAUGUUAUGGUCCCUUAUCAGCACCAACACAAAUGCCAACUGCAGCGGCAGUGGCAGCUGCAGCUGCAACUGCAAAGAUUCAAGCUAUGGAUGCCCUUGCAACAAAUGCAAUUGGCCUAGUUCAGGGGCUAAGUAGCUCUCCCAACUCAAUGUCCCAGAUACCCCCUGUGGGUGUAGUAGGUAGUGUACCCCCCAUAGGGACAGUAAGCAGUGUUUCCCCAGUGGGAACAGUGCCACCUGUGGGUGUUGUUGGAGGAACACCACCUGUUGCUCUGUCCCCCGUGGGUGUGGUCACUAGCCUGCCAACCAACAUAGGGUCAUCCAGCUCUUCUGGGUCUGCCAUUCCACCUCCAACAGUCCUCACAUCUUUACCUGUUCCUGGGUCUUCAGGAUCUUCUCCAGCCCCACUGCCCCCUGCAACUUCAAAUGCCUCAACGCCAAGUGUUGCAGGAUCAACUCCGAGCUCAACUUCAAAUGCAUCAGCUGUUGGUGGUGAAGAUCGCAAGCCCACACAUCAAGAAGAAUUGGCCAAGAAGUUGAUGGAAGACAAUGAGCCUCAAACAUUACAACAGCAGGAAACCAUGUCAAUUAAAGGACAGUCUGCUCGACAUCUUGUUAUGCAAAAACUAAUGAGAAAAGCUGAGUCAAAUGUCUUAAUCCUACGCAACAUGGUUGGAGCAGAAGAAGUUGACGAGCAACUGCAAGAUGAAAUCACUGAAGAAUGUGGACGAUUUGGAACUGUCAACCAUGUCAUUAUCUAUCAAGAAAGGCAGUCUGAUGAAGAGGAUGCAGAAGUCAUUGUCAAAAUCUUUGUGGAAUUUGCAAAUCCCCAUGAAACAUCUACUGCACAAGAAGCCUUAAAUGGACGAUACUUUGGUGGUCGGCUAGUUAAAGCAGAGUUGUAUGACCAGAACAUGUAUAAUCACAAUGAUUUGUCAGGGUGAAUGCUGCAGAUAUAGAGAUCAUUUCUUCUCCGAGGCAUUUUAGUCUGGCACUUGAUUCCUGUGUAAAUUAUAUAAAUAUAGAUCUAUAUAGUGACAAAGCUAAUGUAAAACACACACAAAAAAAAAGGCUUUUUUUUAUUAUUUUUUAUUUUGUUUUUUUAAAUUACUGUUAUGAGUGUUACUUUCAUGAUUGCAUGAAUGGAAGGACCCGAGUUCCUACAAAGUGUCAUGUCAUUUUUCACCGAUCAUCCCACUUCCCUUUUCUUGUUGUUUUAACCACAUAAGGUUGAACAAUGUGUUCAUUUUGUUGUUUUUCCCUUUUUAUGGAUCCUAAUGUAUACCUGAUGCACCUUUGUGAAAAUGAUUAGUAAUGUUCCUCUGUUUGUCAAACAUUAUUUUCCCCCAACUUUUUUUUACAUGUAAAUAUUAUACAUAUAAUAUAGAUAUAUAUUUUUUCUGAUUCUUUCCUGGGACUUGCAUUCAAGAUUUAUAAAGCAAACAGUUAUCAACAAUAAAAUGAAAUUUCAUAAAAUGAUUGAAAAAAAAGGAGUUAUUGAGUACAGUUUUCACAUAAUUUAGCUAUUGGAUUCCAGUAUUGAAAGAAAAAUAAAAGGAUAGGUCUUACACAGUCACUAGAUGUUGAAAAGACAUAUCCCACAACAGGAAAGAAAAAAACAACAACAACAACAACAAAAAAGACGUAUUCGUAGUUGCUUGUAAAGUAGAUUUUUUUCUAUUGAUUUGUAUUUCAUAUUAUUUUUAUAGUGCUUUUGGAGAAAGUUGUUGAUUGCACUUUGCAAAAUGAUGCCCCCUCCCCCUCCCCAACUCCCUCACCCAAGCAUUAAAGUUAGGAUUGCCUUAUUCUCUUUAGACAGCAAUGUGUAAGACAGUACGAGUCCUUACUUAAAUUUCAUGUUGUGUCCGUUCACUAGUGAUUGAUUUCACAGAAUCCAUGCAAGGGAAAGAAAACAUUUUGGGUAAUAUUUCUUAAGAAUGAAUUUUAACUAAUAAAUGAUAGAUUUAUA